UUCCAUUUUCAACACAAUUCUUGAAGGGAAAGGGGGGAAAUCGUGGAGAUAAAGAAGAUUUCCGAAUUUCAUUCUUGAUCUAUUGCUUCUUUCUUCACCAGGGAAAUAAGGAUUCUGUGGAGCCAUGUCUUGGGUGCUGUAAGGAAAGAAAUACAGGAAGAAGAAAUCCUCUCAAGGUGUUGAUCUUGCUGAAUUCCUGACCUGACUUACAGAUAAGAAAGGAGAAAAGAGUCAAGAAUCUGUAUUCUAAUUAAACACCUGUUGACAUGGAGGAGAAGGCAUCAGAAUACCUGGAGUGUGGAAAGAGCUUUGCACAGAGUGGAGAUCUAUGUUCAAAUCAAAAGACUCACACUGGAGAGAAACCCUAUAUAUGCCAGGAGUGUGGAAAGAGCUUCACUAAGAGUUCAGCUCUAUGUUUACAUCAAAGGACUCACACUGGGGAGAAACCCUAUGCAUGCCUGGAGUGUGGACAGAGCUUCACUUCUAAUGGAAGUCUAUGCAAACAUCAAAGGACUCACACUGGUGAGAAACCUUAUUCAUGCCAGGAGUGUGGAAAGAGCUUCACUGAGAGUGGAAGUCUACGUUCACAUCAAAGGACUCACACUGGAGAGAAACCACAUACUUGCCUGGAGUGUGGAAAGAGCUUCACUAAGAGUUCAGCUCUACGUUUACAUCAAAGGACUCACACUGGGGAGAAACCCUAUAUAUGCCUGGAGUGUGGACAGAGCUUCACUGAGAAUGGAAGUCUGCAUAAACAUCAAAAGAUUCACACUGGGGAGAAACCCUAUACAUGCCUGGAGUGUGGAAAGAGCUUUGCUAGGAGAGGAAUUCUAGAUGUACAUCAAAGGAUUCACACUGGGGAGAAACCGUAUACAUGCCUGGAGUGUGGAAAGAGCUUUGCUCAGAGAGGACAUCUAGAUGUACAUCAAAGGACUCACACUGGGGAGAAACCCUUUAAAUGCCUAGAGUGUGGACAGAGCUUCACUGCUAGUGGAAAACUACGUUCACAUCAGCGGACUCACACUGGAGAGAAACCCUAUACAUGCCUGGAGUGUGGACAGAGCUUCACUGAGAGAAGAAGUCUACGUAAACAUCAGCGGACUCACACUGGGGAGAAACCCUAUUCAUGCCUGGAGUGUGGAAAGUGCUUCACUGAGAGUUCAUAUCUACAUUCACAUCAAAGGAUUCACACUGGGGAGAAACCCUAUACAUGCCUGGAGUGUGGAAAGAGCUUUGCUCAGAGAGGAAAUCUAGAUGUACAUCAAAGGACUCACACUGGGGAGAAACCCUAUACAUGCCUGGAGUGUGGACAGAGCUUCACUGAGAGAAGAAGUCUACGUAAACAUCAGCGGAGUCACACUGGGGAGAAACCCUAUUCAUGCCUGGAGUGUGGAAAGUGCUUCACUGAGAGUUCAUAUCUACAUUCACAUCAAAGGAUUCACACUGGGGAGAAACCCUAUACAUGCCUGGAGUGUGGAAAGAGCUUUGCUCAGAGAGGAAAUCUAGAUGUACAUCAAAGGACUCACACUGGGGAGAAACCCUAUACAUGCCUGGAGUGUGGACAGAGCUUCACUGAGAGAAGAAGUCUACGUAAACAUCAGCGGAGUCACACUGGGGAGAAACCCUAUUCAUGCCUGGAGUGUGGAAAGUGCUUCACUGAGAGUUCAUAUCUACAUUCACAUCAAAGGAUUCACACUGGGGAGAAACCCUAUACGUGCCAGGAGUGUGGACAGAGCUUCACUGAGAGAGGAAAUCUAUGUAAACAUCAAAGGACUCACACCGGGGAGAAACCCUAUUCAUGCCUCGAGUGCGGAAAGAGCUUUGCUCAGAGAGUGAGUCUGGAUUCACAUCAAAGGACUCACACUGGGGAGAAACCCUAUUCAUGCCUCGAGUGCGGAAAGAGCUUUGCUCAGAGAGUGAGUCUGGAUUCACAUCAAAUGAUUCACACUGGGGAGAAACCCUAUUCAUGCCUUGAGUGCGGAAAGAGCUUCACUAAGAGUGGAAAUCUACGUAAACAUCAAAGGACUCACACUGGGGAGAAACCCUAUUCAUGCCUGGAGUGUGGAAAGAGCUUCACUCAGAGUUCAUAUCUGCGUUCACAUAAAAGAACUCACACUGGGGAGAAACCCUAUAAAUGUCUUGAGUGUGGAAAGAGCUUUACUCAGAGUUCAAAUCUACGUUCACAUCAAAGGACUCACACUGGGGAGAAACCCUAUACAUGCCUGGAGUGUGAAAAGAGCUUCACUCAGAGUGGAAGUCUACGUAAACAUCAAAGGACUCACACCGGGGAGAAACCCUAUACAUGCCUGUAGUGUGAAAAGAGUUUCACUGAGAGUGAAAGUCUAUGGAAACAUCAAAGGACUCACACCGGGGAGAAACCCUAUACAUGCCAAGAGUGUGGAAAUAGCUUUACUCAGAGUUCAAAUCUACGCUCGCAUCAAAGGACUCACACCGGGGAGAAACCUUAUAAACGCCUGCCGUGUGAAUAGAAUCUCUCUGAGAGUUGAAAUCUACAGAGACAUGGAAUUCAUAUUGGAGAGAACAGUCGUAUUUGACCCCAUAGGGCUCCCCUACACAGAGCAUUUCAAGCUUUUCAUGUUGGUGAUGCACUUUUCAGGCAUGCAUCCUUUCACGACACUACAGUAGACUCUCAUUUAUCCAAGCUUCACUUAUCCAAUGUUCUGUAUCAUCCAAGGCAGUCUGCCUUUUAGUAGUAAAUGUUGCAAUGUUUUGGUGCUAAAUUCGUAAAUACAGUAAUUCCUACAUAA